UGAGCAGAUCAUCCCGCGAGGGCGGAAGUGAGGGGCCGGUCCUGGGAGGUGGGGGCUAUCGCGGUUACUGGGGGUGGGCGAGCGGCCGACAUGGCGACCCCCGGGAGUCUUGUAGUUCCCGUGGCAGUGCUGGUGCUGUUGCUUUGCGGGGCUCCCUGGGCCCACGGACGGCGGAGCGACGUGCGCGUCGUCACGGACGAGAACUGGAGAGAGUUGCUGGAAGGAGAGUGGAUGAUAGAAUUUUAUGCACCAUGGUGUCCUGCUUGUCAGAAUCUUCAGCCAGAAUGGGAAAGUUUUGCUGAAUGGGGAGAAGAUCUUGAGGUUCAUGUUGCAAAAGUAGAUGUUACAGAGCAGCCAGGACUGAGUGGACGAUUUAUCAUAACUGCUCUUCCUACUAUUUAUCAUUGUAAAGAUGGUGAAUUUAGGCGCUAUCAGGGCCCAAGGACUAAGAAGGACUUCAUAAACUUUGUAAGUGACAGAGAGUGGAAGAGUAUUGAACCUGUUUCAUCAUGGUUUGGUCCAGGUUCUAUUCUGAUGAGUAGUAUGUCAGCUCUCUUUCAGCUAUCUAUGUGGAUCAGGACUUGCCAUAACUAUUUUAUUGAGGACCUUGGAUUACCAGUAUGGGGAUCAUACACAGUUUUUGCUUUAGCAACUCUGCUUUCAGGACUAUUACUAGGACUCUGUAUGAUAUUUGUGGCAGAUUGUCUUUGUCCUUCAAAAAGGCGCCGACCACAGCCAUACCCUUCCAAAAAAUUAUUACCAGAAUCUUCUCAACCUUUGAAAAAAGUGGAGGAGGAACAUGAGGCUGAUGAAGAAGAUGUUUCAGAAGAGGACACUGAACAUAAAGAAGGAACAAAUAAAGACUUUCCACAGAAUGCCAUAAGACAACGUUCUGUGGGUCCUUCAUGGGCCACAGAUAAAUCUUAGUUAAUUUUUAUAAAUAUCUUAAUAUAAUUUGGACAGAAACAGAAAAUUAAUCAUUUCUUUUGGUUUGAAGUGAACUGUGACUUGUUCCUUGCAGGAUUCCAUCUAUUUUGUCAUUAGAUUGAAAGGUCUCCCUUUAGAAAAGAAAUGGAGCAUUAUGUGAAAAGUUUGAAGUAGGAUAUAACAGCAGUAUGGUGGUUUAAACAGUUCUUUAAAUCUUAUUGCUGGUGCCAAGCAAUAAGAUUUGUGUGUUUGUUUAAUAAUGACCUUUUUCAUAAUAAAAUUUUUGAGGUUGAAAAAUUA